GGAGCCGGAAGUCCGGCUAGCUCCGGGUGUCGAGAUGGAGGAGGGCGAGUACGAAUCAGUGCUCUGUGUCAAGCCGGAGGUCCACGUCUACCGCAUCCCGCCGCGAGCCACCAACCGUGGUUACAGGGCCGCGGAGUGGCAGCUGGACCAGCCAUCAUGGAGUGGCCGGCUGCGGAUCACUGCAAAAGGGCAGGUGGCCUACAUCAAGCUGGAGGACAGGACCUCAGGGGAGCUCUUUGCUCAGGCCCCGGUGGAUCAGUUUCCUGGCACAGCUGUGGAGAGCGUGACGGAUUCCAGCAGGUACUUCGUUAUCCGCAUCGAAGAUGGAAAUGGGCGCCGGGCGUUUAUUGGAAUUGGCUUCGGGGACCGAGGCGAUGCCUUUGACUUCAAUGUUGCAUUGCAGGACCAUUUCAAGUGGGUGAGACAGCAGUGUGAAUUUGCAAAACAGGCCCAGAACCCAGACCAGGGCCCCAAGUUGGACCUAGGCUUCAAAGAGGGCCAGACCAUCAAGCUCAACAUCGCGAACAUGAAGAAGAAGGAAGGAGCAGCUGGGAGUCCCCGAGCACGGCCCGCCAGCACAGGAGGACUGAACCUGCUUCCCCCGCCCCCGGGGGGGAAGUCCUCCAUCCUGAUCCCCCCGCCUGUGGAGCAGUUGUCUGGGGGGGGAUCCCUCGUCCAGACAGCAGUUGCUCCCAGUUCAGGAGGUGCCACCAUGUCCUGGCCGCAACCCAAGCCUGCCACGACUGCCACCACCGACAUCUGGGGAGACUUUACCAAAUCCACAGGGUCGACUUCCAGCCAGACUCAACCAGGCACAGGCUGGGUCCAGUUCUGAUCUGAGUGCAACCCCUCUUUCUCCUCAUACAAUUUCUGGAAAGGAGCCACCUCACCUGGGCCAAAGGAAGGAGGAUGAAGCACUCCCCAGCCAGCCUCUGUUUGGAGCAUGACUCCUCUCCUCCUCACCUGACUUUCUUGACAGACUGGCAUGUUAGGCAGUAAAUUGGCACAGUGUCACACUGUUUGCUGGGACUCGAGUGUGCAACCACAAUACAGGAGGAGGAAAGCUCCAGCAUCCCUGUCCCUGUCCGUCUCUUGACAUGAGAGACUCUGAGACUGCUGCUUCCAUCGCAGUGACCCACAUUAAACACAAGCCCC